ACUCGUUUGGUGAAGGAAGCAAUAUGUAAUAUGCAGAAGAUGGGCUGUGAUCAGGUAGUGCUGGAGACCGAGGUAACGAAUAGCGAUGCUUUGCGUUUGUAUGGUAAUCUCGGGUUUAUUCGUGAGAAACGACUUUUUCGUUACUAUUUGAACGGUGUUGAUGCCUAUAGGCUGAAAUUAUUUUUCAGUUCUGUUAGCAGACCAUUACUUCUCGAAGCAACUUUGUCUGGUAGCAGCACUCAGCGAGUUAGAUGA